UCGGCAGGUCGCCUGAGAGCAGCCCCCAGCGCGCCUGCGCAUGGAACGCGGGGACCGCGAGCGUGUGGCUCCGGAUCGGGGUCUGGCCUCCGCGACACCGAGGCAGCGGCAGGAGCCCAGGACAGGGACCCAGGCGGAGGCUUCCGGCUCCGGUGCCCUCCGAGCCCGCCGCUUGUUGCUGUGUCUCUACCUGGUGGGCUUCCUGGAUUUGUUUGGUGUAAGCAUGGUCGUCCCUUUACUGAGCCUUCACGUCAAGUCUCUUGGAGCAAGUCCAACAGUUGCUGGCAUAGUAGGCUCCUCCUAUGGCAUUUUGCAGUUCUUUUCCAGUACAUUGGUGGGCUGCUGGAGUGAUGUCAUUGGAAGACGGUCUUCCUUGCUGGUGUGCAUCCUGUGCAGUGCCCUGGGUUAUCUUGUUCUUGGCGCAUCUACCAACGUGUUCCUGUUUGCCUUGGCUAGAGUCCUUGUGGGGAUUUUUAAGCACACGCUCUCCAUCUCAAGGGCCCUGCUCGCUGACGUGGUCACGGAGAAGGAACGGCCAGUCGUGCUCGGACAGUUCAACACAGCAUCUAGUGUGGGCUUCAUCUUGGGCCCUGUGGUCGGAGGGUAUCUGGCUGAACUGGACGGUGGAUUUUAUCUCUCGGCCUUCGUCUGUUCUUCUGUCUUCAUUCUCAAUGCUGGUCUCGUUUGGCUGUUGCCACGGAGUGAAGUGAAGCUCAGCCGUCCAGAGGACGACCGGCCGUGGGGCAGGAACCGGGCGCUUCAGGGAAGGACAGCCGCUGCGGUGCCGGCCGCGGCCAGGCGGCCGUGGGCCGAGGUGGCGGCCACCCUGCGGGGCCUCGAGGGCCUGGUGCGCUGCGCCCUGUGGGACGUGUUCCUGGUGCGCCUGCUCAUGGCCGUGGCCGUCAUGCUGUACCACAGCAACUUCGUCCCGGCGCUGGAGGAGCGCUUCGGGGCGAGGCCCAAGACGGCGGGCUACCUCAUCAGCUGCAGCAGCGCCCUGGGCAUCCUGGCCGGCUUCGCGCUGGGGCCCCUGCUGCGGCUGUACGGGCACCGCCCCCGCCGCCUCCUGCUGCACUCGAGCGCGCUCACCUGCGCGCUGCUGCUGCUCUUCGCCACGGCCCGCGGCCUGGGCGGCAUCGUCGCCUGCUCCACGCUGCUGUCCUUCUCCACCGCCAUCGGCAGGACGUGCGUCACCGACCUCCAGCUGACCGCGGGCGGGGCCCGGGCCGGCGGCGCCCUCCUGGGCCUGGGGCAGUCCGUGACGGCCGUGGGCCGGGUCCUCGCCCCCCUCCUCUCGGGGGUGGCCCAGGAGCUCAGCCCCUGCGGCCCUCCCGGCCUGGGGGCUGCCUUGGCCUUCGUGGCCGUUGUCAUCAUGUCACUAAACAGAUCUCCCUAUGGGGGUGAUGGAUUAAAAAGGGAGUGAGUAGGUGGAUUGGGGCAGCAGGAAGAGACCAGGUCCCAGGUGUGUGGAUGCGGCAGAGGCCACGAGGAGAAGGGUGCUUUGGAAAGGGUUGGUGGCGAAGAGAAACGACCUCUUUCCAGGUGGCGGUGCUUUGCUGGUGGGCGUCCCUGCCUUCAGACCUGCCGGCCGAGCAGAAUCAGAGCAGCACACAGGCAGGUGAAGCCACGGUGCUCAGCGUUUCCCUGAGUCUCCUCUUCAUCUGGGCCAGCGAGAUUAGAAUUUUCAAGGGGAAAAGCUACCUGCUGCAGUGCAGGACAGGGGGAUGGUGGUGGGCUCACAGAACAGGACAUGUGCAAGGAGGGGAGAGAUCACAAGGAUUUCCCUGCUAAAUAAAAAUAGGGUAACAUGUGAAUAAAACGCCGGUCAGCUGGACACGGGUGUCAGGUUAAGUUCUGUAAGCUUCAGGGAAGCUUUUCUGCCGUCAAAAUGCCAGAGGUCGAAGAAGCUGCUUUACUAAAACCAGCCCGUCGCAUUCUCAAGUCCUAACAAGCUUCCACCUGGGGAGCUGGUUAAAAACCAGAUGCCUGGCCUCACCUCACCCCCAGAGACUGAGCCCGUGGGUCUAGGUGAGGCCCAGAAAUCUGGUGUAUUUAUUGCGAGCCCCACUUGCAGUUUCCCAUGGAGGUAGAAAAAGGAUCAUUCUGAGACCUACUGGUUUUGAUUAAAGAAAAAGCCAGAGACUUGGUGGUUGUUAAUAGCUAACUCAGUUUGGACUAUCUGUUAAAAUCAUGUGAUCACGGUGUGUUACACUUUCCCCAGUUCUCAGCAGUUACACUCUGUACCGGGAGAACUGGGCCCACGGGCCUGUCCCCCGGGCCCUUUGUCCCAAGGCCCCUGCCCUGCAGAGGGCCGAGCCUGUCAGAGACCACAUCUCCCUGGGAUCAGGCAUGACGCUCUGCUCCUGGAAGCUGCACUCUGCGGGCUGGGUGGCCUCAGUCAGGAGGUGAAAGAACCUGGCAGAGAAGCCAAAGCACGGGAAUGCUUUUCAGAUGGGUGUCUUAUUCAGAAUAAGAGAGAGGAUGGCAUCAGGCCCUGUCAGAGAUUCUACACUGUCAUGUGUUGAAAGUCAUUUCCUUUCUUUCAUCUUAAUAGUAGCACACCUGGGAACAGAAGAGCUGUGUUGACCUACAGGGAGAUGUUUUGGGUGCCUUUGCCGAGGCCUAAACCACACUGCCAUUCCACAAGAGCACCCGGGAGCCCCAAGCAGGGUGAGGACAGAUGCACGGGAGGCUUUGCAGGCACUUGCUGACUUUGAGUGAUGCCGGUUAUUGGUAAAAAUGGUUCAGAGGCUCCGUCUCUUUCUUCACACAGACUCCCAAACUCACAUGCCUUUCAGUCCUCUUAAUUAGUUCCCGAGGAUAGUAUUCCUGUUUUCCGCCUAACGUGUAUAAUUGUAAAUGAUACUUUAAUACACUGAUCUGUUAUAACUUUAAUAUAUACUGCAUGUAGAGCAGGAAAAAUAUUUCCGCAGUUUUAGAAGUUGUGCGUUGGGUAAACACAAAUAUUUAUGAUGAAUUAAUUGGAAGUCUGAAGAUUGUCCUUUUUCUUAUCUAGCAACAAGAAAAAUAUUAACUUCUUAUUAAGUGUUAUACUUAUGAACUUUUAUACAAUUGCCAAGUGCUUUUGAACAAACCAAAAACUGUAUAAAGUGGCCUCACUCUGAAGGAGCACACCAAGUUGUCACGGAAGGUAGACUCAAAGGGACAAUACGAAAUCAAGGGUUUAUGCAACGAAGGAGAAUUUCAGAAGAAUUCCUCCAAAGAUUGUCUUUUCUUCAUUCCCAUAAAUAGUUUUCUUAAAUCUAGCCAUGUUUUUAUUUUUUAAAUCGUAGCACUUUAUUUUUGAAGUUAAAUAAAAGCCUGUAAAUGUAAUGAGGCUUUAUAAUGAACCAGGCACAUGGAAAUACUGAGAACCUUAAAGACUAACCUUAGUAUAGGGAGUAGAGACACAGUUUUAUUAUUCUCCACUACUGAUUUUAGUAUUCUGUUCAUGGGGUUUUUUAGAUAUUUUCUUACAGUUCCUCUUAAAUAGUCUCAACGUGUUGCUACUCAAAGUGUGGGCCAGGAACCAGCAAUGUCACAUCCCUGGAGCUCCUCAGACAUGCACACACUCACCCACCUCAGACCUGCAGGGGCCACUUUCGCAAGACACCCGGCGGCUUUGUUUACACAGUAAAGUUAGAAAACCAGCAGUCUGAUGGACAGUAUUUGUAUAGUUUAUGGCAUAUGACCUCAGGGAAAUUAAAUCUGCCCUAAGUUUGUGUUGUUUUGUUUUUAAAUUCUCUUGAGUACCUUCUGUCAUCUUUUGCAGUGUGCGAAGUUGAGCCAUAUGAAAUUGCAAUUUUUAUAAAAGUCAAAUAUAUCUGAAGUUCAACUUACUAUUAUAUGGACUCUUACUUCAGAGGCAUUGAACUUGCCUGAAAAGUGUAUAGAGGAAAUUGCACCCUUUCCAGCACUGUGUCAGCCACAGCUGGUAUGUGCUCUGAAGCAGCCUGGGGCUUGGGUUCUCGAAGACUUGGCCUCUUCCACAGAAGACGGUGCGCCUCUGUUGACGUCCGGAGGGAUGAACAAAGAGCAGAAAGGGAGCAGGUGUGCCUGGCCUGGCACUGACACGUGCAGGGCUCCCCAGGCCCCGUGGCCUCCUGGAGCCUGAGGCUGGGAGAGUUAUGCCUGGAGCAAAGGGAAGGGGCUAGAAUGAGGGGUUCUCUGCCCUGGCUGCAUGUUAAGAGUCACCUGAUGCCCAGAGCCUGCCCGAGACCUCGGGAGCCCCAGAUGCUCAACGUAUGCCCAGAGCUGAGCAGCGCAGGGUUAGGUCACGAAGGGCUCACCUGACAUGCUCAGGGUGACCUCGUGUGCUGACUGGUGACGGGGAGCCCUAAGCUUUCACUCUGGACAGUGCUCCAAGGACCUGGCUGUUUCAGAAAGCCCCCUCUGGCUGCAGCGAGGAGGACCCACUGGAGGCUGGGAAAGGAGCGGUCUGGGCUUCUGAUCAGUCUCCACAGGAGCAGAGGGAGAGGUGGGCGUCAAGGAGGGAGUAGGGGCUGUGGGCGCCACCCGGGUGUCUGGUCUGGCUGAGCUCAGCCAGUCAGAGAGGCGCGUCCCGAGUGUGGGGCACACGGUGCCCUUCCUGUGUUACCUGGCAGGGAACACCUGUGGGCGUUUAUGGGACCUUUAUGGACACUUCUGUAAGAUACGUAGAAAAAUGCUGGGGUGAGAGGCAACCCACUCGAGGGAAAAUUCUAGGCAUUUGGGCAACUGCUGUGAGAGAACAGCUUCGUAUUUGGAAUCCACGGUAAAAUCCAGCCCGGUGGCGCUCAUGCCCUGUAUCCCUAGGAACCAGCUUUUAAGUCUCCGAAAUAAGGUUCCUGCAGAUCUAGCCAGGAUAAUGUAUAAUGCAGCUCUUCUUGGAACAGGAUGAAGGAUUGAAAACACAUUUUUCAGUCCUAAUUCUUUUUUUUCCUGAAGAAUUUGCCAGUUACAUGGUAAUUUUUUUUAAAUAAAAUUGAAUGAGGUGUUAUUUAUUCUAAUAAAUUAUAAUCUUUAGGAUCCAAUGUGGUGUCCUUAUGCAUAUUUUAAGUCAGGGUCCUGAAUCAAUGCUUGAAAAUUUUAGCCUCUUGUAUGGUAAAACAUAUCUUAAUGGUAAAAACAAGCCUUUGAUUUGUAAACCAUGUAAUACCAAAUAUAUACAUAACCUGAAAUUUAUUCCAUACUGAUGGUGAGCAGAUAGUUUCAAGAUAACAUGUCAUCACAAAUUUAUUUCUAAUUAAUCAGGUGCACAAAUACUAACUUAUUUAAAAACAUUAUUUUUCUUUAGAUCUGUUUUGCUCAUACAUCCUCUAACCAUUUUACGGAUAGCUGUCUGUGAAAACAAAAAUUUAAAAAUUUCUAGUGUUUUCUUGAUUUGAUACAUUGUAAGCAAUGGUGGUGAUUCUAAUUUUCAAAGUGGAUACUCUCAAAUAGCUUUGCAUUUUUCCUCAAGGGGAAGAGAUAAUUAUAAACAUUAAGGAAUGUUAAUUACUACUAAUACACAGUAUAAAACUGGCCUGUAAGGAUUUUGUUAGAACAAAGAAUUGUGUUUUGAUCACUCUUGACUUAAGCUAUACAGCAUUUUGAUAAAUAAAAAAACUUUUUCCAAAGCACACUGGAGAAAAAAGUAAAGCUAUUAAUAGUUGCAAUUCACAACGUGGAGUGGGGCACGAUCUUUCUUCGGGUUUCUCAGACAGUCUCUGUUCCAUCUUGAAUGGUUGGGACUCAGGUUCUCAUCCAGACUGAGAAUUACUUUUUCCUGUGAUACCUCCCCUACCUAAACCCAUCCUGGGUUUGCUUAACGCGAUUGAAACCAUGUGAAAUAUCGGAAAUGAACCCAGUGUAAUAACCCGUGGGGCCUGGCCCUUGUGGGUCUUCGUGCACGUGGCUGGAUGCAGGCUCUGUGUUUGCCUUCAUCUGUGCUCUGGGCUGAAGCACAGGCCUGGGCGUCCCAAAGUCCCACUUCUGACGGUGCCGGGCGGUGAUGUCACUUACAGGCGUGAGCGUUUUCUUCCAUCACUUUCAAAUCACCUUCACUGCACCAUCUCUUUGGAGUGAACAACCCACUGAAAUGCGCCAAGUUGUAACCGCUAUUCAAAAUAACUUUCUAGCUAAAGGUAAGUAAGAGGUAAUUAAGGUAGCAAAUAUGAUACGUACGCAGUUUUGAUCAGGUGCCAAAAACUAUAUGCUCAUGAAAACCUAAAAUUUGGUGGAUUGAUACAUAACUGCAUAAUCUUUAAAAUCACUGGGUAAGACAGGGUCUCUAUUAAUGUAAUGGUUUCCGUUCGGGUUGGCCUGAGAAGCAGCGGUUCAUAUUUCAGAGCAGACAUUAUCUUUGAGCCCUUGGCCAGGGCCUAUUUACAUACAGAAAAUUAAUGGACCAGUUAUAAUCUUUAUUCCUGUAGUCAGGUUCUCUAAUGCAAUAACCAUGUUAGCCUCAUUUGAGAUAGUAUAGGUAUUUGAAUCUACUUUAAUACUCUUAAAUUCUUCUUUCAUGAAUUCCUGCCCUCAUGACCUCACUUAGUACAAGUGAGAAUGGUUUUGAUGUCUAAAUAUAGAAGUUGGAAUUUCUGGGGCUUUCCUGGUUUCAUAUGCUGUAUUUUCUCUGUAGUGAUUAAUUAAAUGUUUCCAUGUAAU